GUUUGACCUCGUGGUGGGGAGAGAGAGAGAGAGAGAGAGAAACUGGAUUAAACUGUACCAACAGCAGCAGCAGCAGCAGCAGGAGGAGGAGUGUGAACCACACACAACCUGGCUGCAACUGUACACACUGUGCCUUGUGCAAAAGAAAGCCCCACGUAAACGUGCUGCUAUAUGCAUUUAUACCAAAGAAAGAUUAGGUUAGGUUGACUCGCAGUUGUUGUUGACCUCGUCUGACAGAGACAAGCCGAGACGACAGCUGCUGUUGCAGUGAAAGUCAAUCGGGAGAGGUAUGCGUAACGGCAAACCUUUCCAUCAUGGCGGGCGAUAUGAUAUUAGUGAUGCGCGGCUUGGCUAAAUUGAGCCAGGCUGUUGUAGAGACUCAGAGCAGCACCCUGCGCAGUGGAGCAGGUGUUGCUGCUGCUGUCCAGAGUGUCCAAUCAGCUGCUGAGCAGAGCCUCUCAGCUGCUAUGAUGAAAAUGCAGGUGUGUGUAGAUGAGAUGACUGGCCAACAGCAGACCUCUUCAACGGAGUCAGAAUUUGACUUUCCUCAGGAUGACAGUGCAUUCGCAGAGUUCAAGGACGAAGGUGUGGACUUUACAGUGGCUCACCAAGGAAUGAGUGAAGACAUCGCAGCAGCAGGAGAGAGCCAUGUCAGGGGCAAACAGUCGUUGUUCGAUGGAUACAAAGAUCCCAGCAAACAGUUUAGCGGACACACCAGAUCUUACCACCAAGACAUCAGACAUUUCUACAGCCACGGUCUAAAUAGACAUGUGUGGGGACAGCUAUACCGCCAGCAUCAGCUCAGGAGCUACCAUCAGGACCCGUCCACAGUUGGAGGGCUGACGGCCGAAGACAUCGAGAAAGCAAGACAGGGCAAGAAGGUGGAGAUCAAAUCACACAAACAAAUGUUGAGUGAGAGAGCCAGAGAGAGGAAAGUGCCAGUGUCUCGGCUCAGCAGACUGGCCAACUUUGGAGGCCUAGCUGUAGGUCUGGGGAUUGGAGCACUUGCAGAAGUUGCCAAGAAGGGCAUGAGACAAAAUACCGAAGGUGAUAAGAAACGUGUCCUGGACUCCAGCCCCUUCCUGUCAGAGGCCAACGCUGAGCGCAUCGUCAGAACCCUGUGUAAAGUCAGAGGAGCUGCGUUGAAAGUGGGACAGAUGCUCAGUAUUCAAGAUGAUGCAUUCAUCAACCCCCAACUCGCCAAGAUCUUUGACCGUGUCAGGCAGAGCGCUGACUUCAUGCCAAUCAAGCAAAUGACAAAAGCACUAAACGGCGACCUUGGUCCUAACUGGCGAGACAAGCUGGAAUCGUUUGAGGAGCGUCCGUUCGCUGCGGCGUCGAUCGGACAAGUUCACCUGGCCCGGAUGAAGGACGGCAGGGAGGUGGCCAUGAAAAUACAGUACCCCGGUGUGGCUCAGAGUAUCAACAGUGACGUCAACAACCUGAUGACGGUGCUGAAUAUUAGCAAUGCCCUGCCUGAAGGUCUGUUUCCAGAGCACCUGAUAGACGUGAUGAGAAGAGAGCUAGCAUUAGAGUGCGAUUAUAUAAGAGAAGCCCAGUGUGCAAAGAAAUUCAGAGAGUUUCUAAAGGACCAACCGUUCUUCUAUGUACCAGAGGUGAUAGAUGAGCUGAGCAGCGCCCACGUCCUGACCACAGAGCUGGUCCCCGGGUUCCCCCUGGACCAGGCUGACGGCCUCACACAGGACCUGAAGAACGAGAUCUGUGAGAACAUCUUGAAGUUGUGCCUUAGAGAGCUGUUUGAGUUCAGGUACAUGCAGACGGACCCCAACUGGUCCAACUUCUUCUAUGAUCCGCAGACACACAGGGUGGCACUGUUGGACUUUGGAGCCACAAGAGGAUUUGACAAGAGUUUCACAGACCCCUACAUAGAGGUAAUCCGUUCAGCUGCCGAGGGCGACAGAGAAGGAGUAGCGAAGAAAUCUAUUGAAAUGAAAUUCCUGACCGGGUAUGAAUCCAAGGCGAUGAUAAACGCCCAUGUGGAUGCGGUGAUGAUCCUCGGCGAGGCCUUUAACUCCACAGACACGUUUGAAUUUGGCGCCCAGUCCACCACGGAGAGAAUCCACAACCUGAUCCCUGUGAUGCUCAAACACCGGCUCACCCCUCCUCCAGAGGAGACGUACUCCCUGCACCGCAAGAUGGGCGGCUCCUUCCUCAUCUGCGCACGGCUGAACGCCAAACUGAACUGUAAGGACAUGUUCCAAAAUACGUAUGCAAAGUACUGGGAAGGCCGCACACCCCCUGCUCGCUAAACCAAACACAAGUGUGAGGUGAUGUGAUGGAUCCCGGGGCCAAGGAGUCGAAGGUGAGGUUGUGGUGUUAAGACGCACAACUGCAGAGCGGAGGCCAUGUUUCCUGCCAUUAACUGGUCAUCGAGCACCAACUUAUAUUCCCCAUUAAGGGCCACCCACUACAAUGAGUUUCUGAAAGGCAUUUAAACCUAAUAACAGCCAUAAUGUCUUUUGUGAAACAGACUGAAAAGGGACAUAAACAAAAAGCCUUGUAUGUCCAGGUAAAAAAUGAAUGUAAAAAGGUUUGAAAUGAAUCUCUCCUCAGAUGAUUUGUGCUUUUUGUUUUGCAUUGCUGUGUUUUGUUUAACUUUUGGAAAAUUCACACCAACUGUUGAGUUUUGCCAUAAAUGAAAUGUCAUGGAUGAAAAACCGAAAGAUUGUACUAAGAAAUUCAACUCUUUAUGUAAUUUAUGGUCAGUAUGAGGCACAGUGUAGGCGAGGACCAACGUAUUUGGGAAGUUUUAUUAGAUUUCUUGAUGGCACUUAUAUUGCUUGGUCUACAUUUAGACGGCUAUAUAAAAGCAGCAGUCUUGAUGAGAACAAAAUGGAUAGUAACUUUUUCCAAGCAUUUAAGUUCAGGUUGAUUAUUUAUGUGGUCGUAAAAAUGACCAACUGGAAUUUGUCGGCAUUUACACAUACUGUAAGAGGCUGACUUGAAACUAAUAUAAGUACAUUUUCUGUAUCAGUGUAGCCAUCCAAAUUCCAGUUGCUGUUUGUUGAUAACUAACACAAUGUUAGCAUUAUGGAAUUUAGAUUCUGUUAUACAUUAUUCAUUUUUAUUUUAGUGCUGUACCAAAGCAGGAUUUAUCUCUGUUCAAUUGUAUGUCAAAUGAAACCACAUGGAUCUAUGUUUCUCACUGUAAGAAGUCUGAGCAUGAAAACCUGUGUUUAGUCAUGAAUGGUAAUAUCCUGGAUGAAUACGCUCAUCACGAUAUUAUACAGUCUAUCAGACAUGCUAAGUAGGCUCACCUUUCUUCCACAAGACUUACAUUUUUCCACUCCUUCUCAGGUGUGAAAUCCUCCGUUCCUGGCCUGUGUACAACUGUCAAACUUCUCCCUGCUGUGCUGUUUGAAUACAGUUAUAAUGUUGUAAAAAAUGAAAAAAAAUGUGCCUGUAGUUCCCAGUGGAAUGCUUUUAGCUUUAUAAUACAUAUCAAGACUUGUGAUAAGAUGGUUUAUAUUUCUAAUCAAACUGAAAUUGUGAUAAACAUAUUGUAUGGAUA